AUGGCUGAAACAACCACCACUACCAAGAAGUGUGUUCAAACUCACGGAAAGAAGAGAAACGCUGUUGCCGUCGCCUAUACCACUGAAGGUAAGGGAUCAAUCAGAGUUAAUGGUGUUCCAUUGUCAUUGGUUCAACCACCAACCUUGAGAUUGAAGGUUUACGAGCCACUCGCUGUUGCCCCACAAGGUUCAUACAGCACUCUUGACAUCCGUGUCAGAGUCCGUGGUGGAGGUCCAGUCGCUCAAGUCUACGCCAUCCGUCAAGCUUUGGCCAAGGCUGUCGUUGCUUACAACCAAAAGUACGUCGAUGAGGCUACCAAAAACGAAAUUAAGAAGGCAAUUCUCGCCUAUGACAGAUCUCUCUUGGUCGCUGACCCACGUCGUUGUGAGCCAAAGAAAUUUGGUGGUCGUGGAGCUCGUGCAAGAUUCCAAAAAUCCUACAGAUAG